GUUUAUUUUCAUACACGCCUCUUUUUUCAGUUUCCUUUCUGUUUCUUUGUGGAAUUCUCAGCUGCUUUCACAUUUUGUAAUCCUGUUAAGUAGCGUACUAUUUAUUUAUUGUUCUUAAUUGGAUUGUAUUUUUUUAUUACUUCAUGAUUAAUUAGGACCAACAUCACUACAAUAAAAAUAGCACAAGAAAAUUCUCUAAUUUCAUUUCUUUAUUUUGAGAGGGUUCCACCUUGUUUUCUUUAAAAUUCCCAGAAAUUUCUUCUGUUUAGAACUAUAAUAGUUUAUUCACCUAUUUCGAAACCUUUUUACUUGUUUGUUUAUCUCACAGUUUUUUUGACCAAAUUCUUGUUUGGGGUUUCUACAAUCUCCUCAAAGUUUUGUAAUUUGGUUGUGUCAUACUGAAAAUUAAGCUUAAUUUGUUGAUUUUUUCAUUUUUUGGCUUCCAAUUUGUCUUUUAUAAGUGUCCAGAAAUUGCUUCUGUUCAUUUUGAUCUGGGUUUUUGCUAAUUUUUUUUCCUCUUUGCUCACAAUUUUUGUUUCCAUCAAAUUCUCAACUGGGUUAUCUCAAGUUUCAAAUUUUCUCAACUGGGAUUUGUAUGUGUGUAUUUUUUCUCAAAAGUUUGUCAUUUGUGUCAUGGGUGUGAUAUAAAUUAGCUGAAAUCAACACUCAUAUGAAAGUUGUGUUCAUUGAGAAGCUAAUUCAAAAAAUUUCAAAGAUGAAUUGUUUCUCUUCAUUAAAGAAGAAGAGUAAAGAAAAGAAGCAAUCAAAUUCAGCUCCUGAAUUGAGGAAGCAAACAACUUCAGAUGUUUCAAAUAAUCGGGUGUCAAAAUCGGCAAAUUCAACCUCAUCAUCAAGAACUAUACCAGAAUUGUACAGGGAGAGGCAACACAAUUUGAGGGUGUUUACAUAUGACGAACUUAGUGAAGCUACAAAUGGGUUCAACAGAUUGUUGAAGGUUGGAGAGGGUGGAUUUGGGAGUGUUUAUAAGGGUACAGUUAAACCUGUAAAUGGGAAGGGUACCCCUAUUGUGGUUGCUAUUAAGAAGCUUAACAGAUAUGGCAUGCAGGGACACAAAGAAUUUCUUGCAGAAGUUCAGUUCCUCGGCGUAGUUGAUCAUCCUAAGCUGGUAAAGCUUCUGGGAUACUGUGCUGUUGAUGGAGAAAGAGGAAUACAGAGGCUUUUGGUGUACGAAUACAUGCAGAAUAAGAGUCUCGAACAUCAUCUGUUCGGGAAAAAUAUGCCUCCUCUUUCGUGGACAAGAAGAUUAAAGGUAAUGUUGGAUGCAGCCGAAGGAUUGGAAUAUCUGCAUGAAGGAAUUGAAGUUCAGGUUAUAUUCAGAGACUUUAAGUCCUCGAACGUACUUUUGGACGCUCACAUGAAUGCAAAAUUAUCUGACUUCGGGAUGGCUAGAGAAGGGCCAACUGGGGAUGAUACUCAUGUGUCAACAGCGCCAGUGGGAACGUAUGGAUACGCAGCCCCGGAAUACGUAGACACGGGCCAUCUCAAGCAAAAGAGUGACAUUUACAGCUUCGGGGUUGUGCUAUACGAGAUCUUAACGGGCCGACGGGCCAUUGAGAGAACCCGCCCAGCUGCAGAGCAAAAACUGUUAAGUUGGGUGAAACAAUUUCCUGCUGACAGUAAGAAUUUUUACAUGAUAAUGGACUUCCGCCUUCGAAAUCAGUACCCAAUAAGCACGGCCCGGAAAAUAGCCAAUUUAGCAGAUAGAUGUCUGUCUAAGGAAGCGGAAGACCGGCCCGAUAUGAGCGAGAUUACAGCGGUGUUAAAAGGGGCAAUACUAGAAUCAGAGGAAAACUCUUCUAAAGUAAAGAUCCCACAAUCAAGGGGAGGUAAAUAGAGGUUAAAGAUUAUCUAUCAGUUAAGAUUUACUGUUAGUAGAGAAGAAGAGCAUUAUCAUGCUGUCAGAUGCAGAAAAAAAAUAAAAAAAAUCAUGUAUUUAUUAGUCAUAUUUUCUUGUAGAAAAUAAAAUCUAGGGUUGAAUGAUUAAGCAGGUUUAUUUGAUUUUGAUUCAUUUAAGCUUAUUUUGAGGAGAGUUUGUAGUGUGUUCGGAUCAAUGACCGUGAUUUUCUGCUUCAUUGCAGCAUUGUGUCUGUAUAUAAUCAAAUAUAUUAUGUUGGGAGCACCUGUUUGUCUUCCAUUGAGA